UCAAGAUCCAUACAUUAUGGUGGACGAAGACGAUGUAUGUCGUGUCUGCCGUAGCGAAGGCACUGAAGAACAGCCAUUGUUUCAUCCUUGUAAAUGCGCCGGCAGCAUAAGAUUUGUACACCAGGACUGUCUCACAGAAUGGUUAAAACAUAGCAAGAAAAAGUAUUGUGAAGUAUGCAAAUAUCCAUUUUCAUUCACUCCAAUAUAUGAUCCGAGAAUGCCCGAGUCUAUUCCCGUAGUAUUGUUCGUUCGUCGUGGGGCAAGACGUAUAUAUGGACUCAUCCAGAUAUGGUUUCGAGCGAUACUCGUAGGAAUUGUUUGGCUUAUAAUUUUACCUUACAUAACUGUUUGGGUAUGGCGUUUUUUUUUCUGGAGUGGAGAAACUGUUGCUUUUAGCAUUAAUGGACAGAAACCACCUAUUUUAUUGCCGGAAAGUAAUGGUACCAUAAUUGAGAAAAGCUCAUUGUCAGUUUUAUAUGUGAGCAUCCUCAAAGGGACUUUAUGGUAUGCACCUCCUGAGGCAGUUGAAUUUGUUGAGGCAUAUGGAGAAUUUACCAGUAAAUUUUUUGCAGAUACAUUUGAAGGACAGAUUAUCACAUGCAUUGUUGUAAUAGUAUUUGUGGCAGGAUUCUUGUUAAGGGAAUGGAUAAUACAGAACACUCCACCGGAAGACGGGUUGGAAAAUGAAAUGAUGGGCAUUGAAGAAAAUGAUGUGAUCCCAAAUGAUGUAGAAAAUAAUCUAAGAGAUAUUCAAAAUCCUCUGGUAUUACCUGAUGUUGCUCAAAUACCUGAACAAAACGUAAACCGUGUUGAACCAAUAAUACAAGUGGCCGAAAAUCAAAAUAUUGGGAACUUUAUUUUUGACAAUGGUAACCGUUUACCAUUAGUUUUACCACCUGCUAAUGGAGAGAUUGAUCAUCAACAAUUGCAAGAACCCGUUCAACUUCCACAAAUUAAUAUACAAGAAAGCGAUCCUCAACAUAUUGAAAAUGAUGAAGGACUCAUAGAGACUUCUAAAUCAAUCCAGGUUUCGGAUGUUGAGCCUGAGUGGAUAAAUGAUGAUAUGACAAUAAGUAAGACGAUUUUAAACCCUGUCACAUCCACACAAGACAAUCGCGUUGGAGAGGACAUUGAUGAAUUUUCCACUCUCGAAUUAGAUCGAAAAACCUCUGCAGAUGAAGCAUCCACGGUUCAGGCAAAUGCUUUUGUCGCUUCGGAUCUGGAUGCUGGGUUAAUCAGGGAAUCACUGUUAUAUGACGAAACUAAUGAAAUGCCUAAUAAAAUUUUUGAUUUGGAUCGGGAGACAUCUCCCGUUGUAGGCGGAUUGGAUCAAGAGGAAUCAUCUAUUGCUGAUGAAAUUGAGUGCGAAACUUCUUCAUUCAAUAAUGAAAUAGAUAAGAAAGAUAUGAAACAAAAAAAACCUAUUAACUUUUCUCAGAAGGAAGAUUUUCCCGAAAAUGGAGAAUCACAUCAAAAAUCACAGUCAUUUGGUUUUCCCAUAUCCAAUCCUCAGUUUGAAUUUAAUCUUCCUAACCAUGUACGGGAAGAGGAUCCCGUAGAUGACAUUAUCUCGAAUUUAUCAACAUCUUCAAAGUCCAACCUUUUUUCUAAUCAAACAUCAACCGGACAUGUUACAAACAAUUUCGGUAAUCGAAGAAUACGGCCUAUUAGAAAGGCAAGGACCAAAGUGGGUAGUUCUAAUUCGGGUUCUGGAUCGUCGCAAAGUAACCAAAAAUCAGGUAGUGCAUCAUCAUCACCUGAUGAAUUUGAAGAUAUUUCGGGUUCUUCAAUAGACCUUGAUUUUUUUAAAACUGCUUCAGGCAAAGGAUUGAUUUCUGAUAACAGCGGUGAUUACGAUGAUACGCCAGAAGUAUCAGAUAGCGAAGAUAGCGAAGAUGUAAAUCUCCAGGAGAAAUAUCCGCGUAGGAGAACCGGCAAAUCCUAUAGUCCUUCUAAAAUAAUAACAAAUAACAGUGCUGUAUAUCGCACCGAUGAUCCAAAUUCAUUUUCACUUCUAGGAUCAAAACACAGUUCAACAUCAUCGAUGAUUCAUAUAUUUAGGAAAGAUGAACCUGAAUAUUCUGACGCUGAUGAAGUUGAUCAUUAUGAAGAUGACGAUGAUGACGGCGAAGAUCAUGACUCUGAAGGUGACCUUAGUGAAAGAGAAAAUGCCGAAGAGGAACCUUUUGAGGCAAUGGGUAAUAAUAACAUGCAACCCGAACCUGUACCUGACGCCAAUGAUAAUCAACAACAGCCAAGACAAGAACGACAAGAAGGUCAACUUUGGUUACAAUUUCGGAAUUGGUUUGCUGAAGUUUUUAACGAUAUGCUUGGCCCUAAUGUCGAUAUAGGAGAGAAUGACCAGCAAGCGGUUAAUGAUGAGCAAGUUGACGUUAAUCCACUCGCUGCUCCAGCUAUGAGAGCGCCUAAUGUUGAGGCCCCCGGAGCUCCUGCACUCAUUUUUAACGAAGCAAUUGAUGCACCAUUAGUCGGGCAAGGUUUCCUCCCCUUUGGUGAUGGGGAAGACGAGGAGGAAGAGAAUGUUGCAAACGAAGACCUUGAAGGAGUUCUUGAAGCAAUCGGCAUGAGAGGAUCUUUGUGGAUGCUAGCACAAAAUUCUGUUCUAAUGGCGGUUUUAAUUUCGAUAUGUUUAGCUGGUUCAAUUUGGUUACCCUACGUUGUUGGAAAAACUGUUUUACUGGUCAAACCAUUAAAAGUGAUACAACUUCCUUUGGCCCUCUUACGUUAUGUAACUGAUCCUUUGGUUGAUCUUGUAAUUGACACUACAUUACCUUGGAUAUGGUCGAUCAUUUUUCCAAUAUUAAAAUCAGGAUGGGACGCCACCAAACUAUUAUUUCCAAUAGUUAAAGAUUCAUCACUUAUGGUUUAUUUACAAGAUAUAACGAACAAAACCCAAGAUUUUGUAGCUUAUUCGGCUUCUUUCAUGACGGAUAUUUCUCCUAAUGCAUCUAAUGUAACAUUACAAAACAUUACCUCCAUCGAAAACACCAAUAUACAACAUAUCACUGAAUUUCUCAAAGGUCGUAAUUUAACGGUCAUAGUAAAAAUUAUUGAACGGUGUGACGGAUUCGCUUAUGGGAAUACACCAACGGAUAAAAUUGUGUGUAUCCUUUUUGGGUAUGCGAUAGUUAUUCUUUUGUGCGCAUGGUAUUUAACACGUACUCGAAACGCAUAUGGGCGUACCGUUGGUCGCGCAUUUCAAGAGGUGUUAAGACAACAAGGAAUUGUCCUAAAGGUCGCAUUCUUCGUAGCCAUUGAACUAGUGAUUUUCCCCAUAAUAUGUGGUAUCCUAUUGGACCUCUCAACGUUACCACUUUUUCCCGAUGCAACUCCGUCGACUCGUCUCGAAUUUUAUUUUGAAUCGCCAAUCACAUCAACAUUCCUUCAUUGGUUUACGGGAACCGCAUUCAUGUUCCACUUCGCUGUUUUUGUUUCUCUUUGCCGUGAAAUUGUUCGUCAUGGUGUUAUGUGGUUCAUACGAGAUCCUAAUGAUCCACAAUUCCACCCAAUUAAGGAAAUAUUGGAGAGACCAGUAUGGACGCAACUCAAAAAAAUUGGUGCGAGCGGCAUAAUGUAUAGUGCCAUGAUUGUGCUUGGACUUGGAAGUGUCAUAUAUUUCAUUCGAUAUGCCUUUAACGGUAUAUUACCGUUGCAAUUAUCCUUCACUGAGCCAAUAUCCGAAUUUCCGAUUGAUCUCUUGAUUUUCCAUAUCGUCGUCCCCGUAACAUUUACCUUGGCCAAACCAAAACGUUUAUUCCGCACUUUAUUUGAAAAUUGGUGGCAUAUUACUUCACAUCAAUUAAGGUUAACAUCAUUUAUGUUUGGUGGUGAACGACGUUAUGACGAAGAAGGCACUCACGUGCGUAAGACAUGGCGUGCAUUUUUCCUAAAUCUAAAAGCUCCGUUGGACGGUACAAAUGACGAAAAUGACGAGGUUGUAUUUGUUAGAGAUGGUACGCUUGUUAAAGCUCCAGGUUACGACGGAGUGCCCGUAAUACCUGGAAAACGGAUGUUGAUACCAGUAAAUGAAGAUGGCACUUUACAGAAUCCCGAAGAUGCGCCAGACGAUGAUCUUGGCUAUACAAUUGUUUAUACCCCUCCUAAUUUCAAAGCAAGGGUGAUCCUAUUUUUGUUCCUUAUGUGGUUGUGCGGCUCCCUAUUUUGUUGUUCAGUGACCGUUGUGCCAUUAUUGAUUGGUCGAUUUGUAUUUAAAUCUUUCAAUCAUGAACGCCCUGUUCACGAUCUGUACACCUUUACUGUUGGAUUGUACAUCAUGUGGUCGUUGGGUGUUUCCUUUGAAUGGUUAAUGCGAAAAUUCCAAGCUAUUAUCGAAAAACGAGAUCAUGAUGUCGAUUGGGCCGUCGUCCGACAAAAAAUUUGGCAGAGUAUGAUUUUGAUUUUGAAGAUAGCAUACCUUCUAGUUGCAUUUGGUGUCGUUAUUCCUCUUCUUCUUUCAUUGGUUAUCGAAUUAUACAUACUUCAUCCCUGGAAGAAGCCUACUGCAGAUCUAUUGUCCAUUUCUUAUUUGCAGAACUGGGCAUUGGGAAUUGUAUAUGUGAAAAUAGCAUAUCGUAUUAUAUUCAUGCUACCCGAUAACAUAUAUAGUAGAGCUAUUAAUGAGAUCACUGAACGUGGCAUUCGUCAUUUAAACGUUGGAUUGGCAACGAACGUAUUUAUCAUUCCUGUCGGGGGUUCUGCAUUAGCUGCCGUUAUAUUACCUGCUUUAACUGCUUCUUUGAUUAUUAACAUAACCGCUAUCAAAAAUGCCGUUACUAUAGCCAUGAUCCAUCGAUGCAUCUAUCCAAUUUUUUUGGUGAUGAUAUUUGGUUAUAGGCUCCAACGACAGACGACUCAAAUCGUACAAAAUUGGAUGCAGACAGUUAGGGAUGAGGAAUACCUGAUUGGGAGACGAUUGCAUAAUAUUGAGCCUAACGAAGAAAAUGUUUCCGGUAGUUCUCGAAAUGUAUCCGCUGGCUCAGUAGCUGAUUAG